UGCCUAACAGAUUUGUAGAUGACAUCUUAAGUUCCUAACAUGACUAACAUGCAAAAACAGAGAAAGAAGAUCUGAUCUCACUGACACUUUCUGUCUAAAGAAAGACCAACAAUGGAUAAGAGCGAGGGAUGUUGUUCUGUACAGCUUAUAGACGGAGAUGGUAUAUACAAUGUCUCUGGCAUCGACCAUUUCAUAAAAGAGGUGAAACUAGGAGAGUGUGGCCUCUCUUAUGCUGUUGUCUCCAUCAUGGGUCCUCAAAGCAGCGGGAAGAGUACAUUAUUGAAUAGUUUGUUUGGAACAAACUUUAUGGAGAUGGAUGCAUUCAAGGGAAGGUCCCAGACCACAAAAGGUAUCUGGCUUGCAAGAUGUGCUGGUAUAGAGCCUUGCACACUUGUAAUGGAUUUGGAGGGCACAGAUGGAAGGGAGAGAGGAGAGGAUGAUACUGCAUUUGAGAAACAAAGUGCUCUUUUCGCUCUUGCUAUCUCGGAUAUCGUCUUGAUCAACAUGUGGUGUCACGAUAUUGGACGUGAACAAGCUGCUAAUAAACCUCUCUUGAAAACUGUCUUUCAGGUUAUGAUGAGACUGUUUAGUCCACGCAAAACAACAAUGCUGUUUGUAAUAAGAGAUAAAACCAGGACGCCAUUGGAGAACUUAGAGCCUGUCUUAAGAGAAGAUAUUCAGAAGAUAUGGGAUUCUGUUCCAAAGCCUGAAGCACACAAAGAAACUCCAAUGAGUGACUUCUUCAAUGUUGAAGUUGUUGCUCUUUCCAGUUAUGAGGAGAAGGAAGAACAGUUUAAAGAGCAGGUUGCUAGUUUGAGACAACGGUUCAUGCAUUCUAUUGCACCGGGUGGUCUUGCUGGAGACAGAAGAGGAGUAAUUCCAGCUUCAGGUUUUGCAUUUAGUGCAGAUCAAAUCUGGAGAGUUAUCAAGGAGAAUAAAGAUCUUGACCUUCCUGCCCACAAGGUCAUGGUAGCUACCGUGCGGUGUGAAGAAAUUGCAAAUGAGAAGUUUUCUCAUUUCAUUUCUAACGAGGACUGGCGCAAACUUGAUGAGGAGGUGCAAGCUGGUCCAGUUUCUAAUUUUGGAAAGAGGCUUACUUCUAUUCUUGGUUCUUGCUUAUCAGAAUAUGAUGGGGAGGCUACAUUCUUUGAUGAAGGUGUCAGAUCUUCAAAGAGACAUCAACUUCAAGAAAAGCUUCUCCAACUAGUGAACCCAGCGUUUCAAGAUGUGUUAGGACACAUAAGAUUUGGGAUGCUUGAAAAGUUCAAGGCUUCCUUUGAUAAAGCUUUGGAGAUUGGUGAAGGCUUUUCUUCAGCUUCCAGUGCUUGGUUCAAGUCUUGCAUGGCUCAAUUCGAUGAAGAGUGUGCAGGUGCCAUCGUUGAACAAGCCGACUGGGACACAGCUAAAGUAAGGGACAAGCUAGUUCGUGACAUAGAGGUUCACAUUUCUUCUAUCAGGACUUCCAAGCUAUCUGAACUUACAAGCCAGUACGAGUCCAAGCUUCAUGGAGCAUUGUCUGAACCAGUGGAAGCUUUGUUGGAAGGAGCGAAUGAUGAAACGUGGAGAACAGUAAAGAAGCUUCAUCGGCGUGAAACUGAAUCUGCUGUGUCUGGAUUCAGUAGUGCAUUAGCCUGUUUUGACAUUGAAGAAGAGAUAAGAGACAAGAUGGUGAAAAGCCUUCAGGAGUAUUCAAGAGGUGUCAUAGAAUCAAAGGCAAAGGAAGAAGCAGGACGCGUUCUGAUGCGUAUGAAAGAAAGGUUUGGUACAAUCUUCAGCCAUGAUUCUGAUUCAAUGCCACGUGUUUGGACCGGGAAAGAAGAUAUUCGAGCUAUUACUAAAGCAGCUAGAUCAGCUUCCUUGAAGUUGCUUUCAGUAAUGGUUGUGAUCAGGUUGGGUGAUGAAACUGAUAACAUAGAGAAGACACUAUCUGUUGCUCUUUUGGAUCCAACAACGUCUAAAAAAAGCAUUACAGCAUCUGAUCCAUUGGCUUCAAGCACUUGGGAUGAGAUUCCAUCAUCAAGAACAUUGAUCACACCGGUCCAGUGUAAAUCUAUCUGGAGACAGUUCAAGACAGAAACCGAGUAUACAGUGACUCAAGCCAUAUCUGCACAGGAAGCGAACAAGCGUGGUAGUAACUGGUUACCCCCUCCAUGGGCAAUUCUUGCAUUGAUCUUACUUGGAUUUAACGAGUUCAUGACUCUUCUAAGAAACCCUCUUUAUCUCGGUCUCUUAUUUGUCGGUUUCCUUCUCUUGAAAGCACUAUGGACACAACUAGAUAUCCCUGGCGAGUUCCGCAAUGGUGUAGUUCCAGGGCUCAUAUCGAUAUCAGCAAAGUUUGUUCCCACGGUCAUGAACCUUCUCAAGAACCUUGCUGCGGAAGGUGAAGCUCCUCCCACAGCUAAUCCAGAGAACCGUCGUCCAAGCAACAACACUUCUUCACAUGCUUCCUCGUCAGAAAAUCCAACAGAGCAUAAAAGUGGCUCAAAGACAGAUUAAUCUUCUUACACUCCACAGUUUUUUUCCUUUGGUCAAAUCACUCCAAAGUUUUGAUUUCCAAUACUUGGUGUUUGUUUUUCCUUGUUCACUGACUUACUCAUGAGUUAAAAAACGCUGCGUUUUAGAACCUUUUGUUUUUUUUCUUAGAGCUUUUCUUUAUACACAAAGUGACUUAAAAGCGAUGAGACAUGUUUUGAAUUCGUUGAUGUUUUUCUCUGCAUGUAGAUAAAAUUGAAGGAUUAUAAAUCUAUUUACGAUCUCAAUAACUAAUUUCUUGUAAGUUGAAUCAUGGGAAGAGAUGGCAACCCCAUGAAAAGAGAGGAGAAAUUAAUCUUUACAUUAACUGCUUAGUGGUGAAAAUUUAUUUUUGCUGAGUGAUGAAGUUUUGUAACUAUGUUUUUACAAGAUUGAAUACAUUUUCAGAAUCCAACUCAUGGAUUGGUCAUCGGUGUGUGUAUUUGUUACCAUCAUUUCUUUGCAUAUCCACCGCCAACAACUCUGUAAAAUACAGUAUAUCAAGUUACCAAAGUUUAAAGUAUAUAUGAAUUUAAACUUAAGUAGUUCAGAUAAUAGUACUAUUAAUAUUUAUCUAACUAAGCCAAUUUUCAAAAAAAAAUAUAUUUAUCUAAUAAAAAUUGACCAAAAGCCUUUGUGGGGCUACUGGGUGUUUUAUGUAUAGGUGUGACUGUUUUGAAGACAGAAAUCUCAUGUGACACAUGUAUGGCUAUCGUAUGCGAUGUGACAUUUACAAUUGAUACUCGUACAAGGUGAUUUUUGGAAUCUUAUUCAACAACAAAAGAAAAAUAAUGUUUUUGGAAUUGUAAUGCUUUUUUAGACGUUUCUGAUCAUGUCGUACACGGUGAUUUGUAUCCCUCUUAACGUUUUGUUUUUUUGAAGGUGAAAAUGAUUAAUGGAUACACUUUGAAUCUAUCAAGUCUUGAUCCAACAGCUAUCAGACCUCCUAUUUUCGUAUCGCCAUUAAUGAUAUAGACAAGCUGUACAACUCUCCUUUUUUGUAUUCUUCAAGGAGAACACCGGUUAAGAAAUUACUGGUCAACAAAUACAUCGGGCUAAUGAAGAUUUAUUGAUUUUGGCAUUUUGAGGAGAUUUCUUGAAACAAUGAAGAAAACAAGUACAAGUGUGACGUAUCAUAAAAAAAAAAAUGUAUGACGUAUCAUUAGUUAUGGCAACAACAUGAAGAAUAUCCGUGUCAAAUGAUUUGAGGUACGGUUCUGCAUUUAGAAACUUGGGACCGCAUGCCUCACACGUAUAGUCUAUUCUCUAUAAACUUGGGACCGCAUGGCUCACGUGGAGUUUAAUUCCACGUAACAGUUAGGCCAUACGCAUUAGAAGUUUAAAGGAAAGUAUCACACGUUUUACGAGGAAAAAAAUAUAUUAAAAAAAGCAAAAGCGGUGAACUCGGUUCGUCUCGCCUCUCCUGCGUGAUACCUUCUCUCUUAAAGUUCAUCACUGUAGCGCGGGCCCCACAACACGUGGCGGCCCGCGAUUGAUCAAUUUUUUUUUUUUAAAUCGAAAAAAAAAAUUUAAUAAUAAAAAAUUAAGAAG